GUUCUUGGGUCUGGUGAAUCAGCAGAUAUCAAGGCCAUCAGGGAACUAACAAGGUCAAGGUCAAACUCUAGAUCAAGGAAUCAAAGGUCCAGGUCACCUACAUGGUCAGAAAGGUCAAGGUCGCCUACCAGAGAAGAUGACCUUCUGUCAACCAAAGAUUUAUCAACAAGCAGUAUUACUAUGGCAACAAGGCAUAAAUCUUUCUCAGCAAACCGUCCAAGGUCGCGUGAAGGUAAAAGGUCAGGGUUGAAUGAUGGUCACAGGUCAAGGCUACAAGAAGUACAAAAUACAACAGGGUAUUACUCAGGUAGAGCUCUGCCCAAAGAUACAGAAGACACAAUACAGGGUUUUAAGGACUCUAUCAAUGAACUGAAAUCAGAACAAUUCUUCAAUAAAGACUAUAAUAAAAGCUGACAUAAACCAUCCAUAUACAACUGAGUCUUACAAAAAUUAUGAAAACCACGGCAAU